AUGGACGACGUGUCCUUGGUCCCUUCGCCUAAGCUUCAAUCCAGACGGGCGUCUUUGUCCCUUGAGGCAGGUUGCCCCGUUCAAGUGUUGCACAGCGAGGAGAUGAGCAGUGACAGCAGCACCUCCAAGAUGGUCACUGCAGGCCCUUGCCAGGGCACGAAGCUGCUAAAGGAGAAAGCAUUAGUGGCAGGGCUCUUUGUCGAGGGUGGCCUCCUUGGUGGUGGGGUUACCCUGGUCGGAGAAAGCCUUCAGCAAAGCAUCGUCCUGGUGCGAAGCCAAGCAGAUUUUCUGCCAAAGCCCGGCGCAGGAUGGCGAGCAAAGUGCAUCCUUGAAGACCGAAGUCCGGGGCUCAACCUGUGGGUGGUGCGGCCCUUCGUCGCCUUUUGGUCCAGGGAUGUCUUUGCUGGAAAGCACGUCGAAUUGGGAAUCGGCGCCUUGCUUGGGGCCGCUCGUUUCGGAGAAGAUUGUGCGGUGCACUUCGGAAAGGCAAAUGUGGUGGCGGCGCUGCCGCCACCACAAGCAGAAAAAGGGGAGAAGGACCUGCUUGACGCUCUUGCCGCUGUCCUCUCCAGCUUCGCUUCCGGCAAUGAUCAAGGAGGAGCAGGGGAGUUAGAUCAGGACCCAGAUCAACUUCUUCUUCAUGCUCUUCAGAGCCUUGUGGACAGGGCCAGGAAACAGCCCAAGGGAUUGCUGGAUCGACUCAGUCAACUUGUGCAAGUCGCUCGGCAAGGACAACUUCGGGCCAAAAAGCCUAAGAAGAAGAAGAAGAACGGCGACACACAGUGGAAUGCCGCCCCUCCGGAUGACGAAGGCUGGGAAACUGUUCACCGGAAAGGCCGCGGCAGCAAGGGCAAGGGCAAAGGCGGUGACGGCAGCGAUGCCGCUGCUCCUCUUCCUUCCUCUUCUUUUUCUUCUUGGGCGAAUAUCGUCGCCCAUGGUUCCAAAGGCAAGGGCAAGGGCAAGGAGAAUGGCAACUACAAGGGAAAAGGCAAAGGACCGGGACCGCAACCCAAGAACGGUCUGAAGGGCAAAGGCCAGGCACCCAAGGGUGGCAAAGCCGACGGGAAAGGCCGACCACCUACCGAGCCCAAGGAUGCCCACGAGAUCCUGCCGAGCAACUUCAAGAAGUUCCCGAUGGUUGGCCUUGGCGGCUUCAAGGCCAGGGUCGCAGCUGGAGACAAAGGACCGGUUUGGGUAUGUGUCAAAACCAGAACUGAUGCCAGGGCUGUCGGCGAUCUGGCUUUGCUACAUGAGCUUCCGACCGUUGGCAUCGUCUUCCGUGUCCGGGCGGACUCUGGGCCUACCCCCAAGGAGCCUCAGGAUGCCUAUGGAGUACCUGCACGGCUGUUGGCACGGGACGCUGGAGGAAAUGUGGCUGUUGGAUCCUUCUUUAAGACUUUUGUUGUCGGUAAGGACUUCCCGGAGGAGCUCGGCGUGAAGGGCAGCAAGGCGGCAAGUACUCCUGCGUCGCGGAAGCUUGCCACACUUCGUGUGGUGGUCCCUCGGACAGCUGUGUCGUGGGGAGCCUGGAUCAACCUCAAGAAGGAGCCGCGCGGCUACAUCGACAAGGUCCUCGGCAAAGCGCUUCACAGCUGCUACGGAUGGGAGGAGAGGACAGUGGAGAGCCGGUUGGGACACAAAGAUAUUUUCUUUCAAGGCUAUGCUAGGAUCCUCCUGGACUCUUUGGACUUAUGA